AUGAUUGUUAUAAUAAUAAAGAUGUCAUAUAGGUUCGGUUGGCUAAGAGAAAGGUCUCGCUCACCCAUUCGAAGACCUCAAAAUCACUCAAAUAACCUCCCAGCCACAUUUCCAACACAAAAAUUUCACAAUGACUUACCAGAAUCCAAGUUAUUCAAAGAAAUCAGAUCCACAGAAUCCAAAGAUUCUCCCUUUCAAGCUCCAUGCAAGCAACUCUUAGAGAUGAGAAAUCACCAAGAAGUUAACCUCCCAGCCAAGCAGCUAUGCUAUGAAGAAUGGAGAAUACCAACGGCUUGCCCUUCCCCUUCUCAAUCCACAGAUACAGCUUGCCAUUCCCCUUCUCAAUCCUUAGAUUGUGAAGAUAAUUUAAUAUGGUCCGGCUUUUUAUCCCGUUCAAAGAAAUAUAAAGUAGGAGUAGACGCUAACUUACUUAAAGGCUGCUUUGAACUCCCUUCCUCAGUGUAUCAUUUAGAUAUACCUUUUAGAUCACCUUUCCCAGUAAACAAAAAACCUAUUGCUUUGCUAAGACUUGAAUCUUCUAAUAAUACACAAGACGAUUUAUUUAAAACUUACAUUGAAUAUUUUUCUAAUAAACAUCGCGCUGGUUAUGCUCCUCUCGGGAAGCAAGGUAUUUAUAUUAUUCCUUAUGGAAAUUUCGCUAAGUCUUUAUAUCCUAAUAUAGAGCAGAAUCAGAUGCUUGGAUUUGUUGUUGACGCGUCCACUAUGGAAGAUGUAGAGUAA